AGAGGGCGCACUCACUUGCUGCUCGCACUGCUCAAACUGGACACUGGCACGGCAUUUUGGUUUGUGGCUUCAAUGCUGCGCGGGAACUUGCGCCUUAUGGCCGCCACGCGUUUUGCAGUUCCUCCUAAGGACACACUGCUGUCAGCGCAAUACACCAUCCGUCGCUCACCGGACUAUAUAGCCCGAAGAAAGUGCCGUCUAAUAAAUCAGCCACUGGUGCAUGACGACGUACACAUCGACAACAUGAAGGAGGACUUGCGGAGCGUGGCGGAGCGAGAACUCGGAGAAACGCCAGAAUUGAAGCAAAAGUGUCUAGCGCAAUUGCGGGAGCUUCUGGAAGGAGAAGAAGGCCUUGUAGUUCCGCCAGAUGACGUCCUAGUCAUGUUUCUCCGUUCCAAGAAGUACAGGGUAGACGAUGCCUUCAAGACGAUCAAAAAAUAUCUACGGGCGCGCAGGGAUGUGCCCCAGUAUUUUGAUAACCUGACGCCAUCGAACAUUCCGUACAAGACGUUCUUCCACGACCACAAACUCAUCAUGUUUGCCAGGGACUCGCAAGGACGAGCAGUGGGCUACCUUCAAUUUGGUGCUUGGGACACCAGCAUCUGCUCCUUGGACGACCUGAUGAGGUGCGCGCUUGUAGCUACGGAAUCGAACCUGCGUGAAGAAGAGACACAAAUACGUGGCGUCGUUGCCGUCAUAGAUCUCAAGGGCUUCAGUGCUCACCACAUGCUGCAGAUGACUCCACGCUACACGAGGAGGGUCAUCGCCAUUGGACAGGCAAGUGGGCGAAACAAAUGCGGUUCUUCACGCGAGACCGCUGUGCUGAAUUUCUUUCGUCGUUUAUUUGAGUUCCCGAAAGCAGCUCCAACGCAUUGGGCAAAGAAAACAAAUAUACAGGAAUUGGAAAAGAAUUUCUACCUGCAGUUCCUUGCGGGUGGCAUUUCAGAACUUCAGGGCGUUGUCCCACCUGAGUUAAUGCCGAAGGAAUUCGGUGGGACGCAGGAAGACUUCGACUUUCAGAAACAAGAGAAAUUCUUCCACAGCAAGUCAUCAACACUUGCCGGCGGCGACGUCAGUGGCCCAAAGGGAGACCUUGAAACCUUGGCGAGGCUUGAGCUCGGAGAAACGCCGGAAGUCAAACGAAACUCGCUGACCCAGUUGCGCCAGCUUCUUGAAGAAGAUGACGAGCUUCGAGUUCCCCCAGAUGACGACUUCCUCCUCAUGUUUCUGCGUACUCGGAAGUACAAGGUGCAUGACGCUUUGGAAACAAUCCGAAGGUACUUCCGCGCGCGCAAGAACAUGCCUGAAUAUUUUGAGGAGCUCACGACGUCCAGCUCUUUGUACCGGACAGUCUUCCGCGAACACAAGCUAAUAACAUUCACACUAGUCAUUUCUCUUUUUCAGGAUUCCCUUCCGGUACGGCUGAAAGGCAUCUAUUUCACAAACACGCCAGCUGUGUUCCAAGUCGUCUAUACCAUUGCGAAACCAUUCCUAUCGGCAAAACUGAAAAGCAGGCUGCAUUUCAUUGGGAGUGACUUGUCGGAACUCUGUGGAGUGUUUCCUUCCGAACUGUUGCCCGAGGAUUUCGGCGGGACAUUGAACGACUUUGACUGCGACAGACAAGAGAGCUUCUUCAAUAAGAAAGCGAGCUACUUUGACAGGAUACGUCAGUUUGGUUACCAAACUCAGCAAACGUGCUUUCUCUUCACCACAUGAACGGGCUACCGACAA